CCGCCGAGCGCCAGUCUCACUCGCGCGCCACAGCUCGCCCGGACACCACGAACGAACGACCGCCGUGUGCCGCCGGUGUCGUAUUACCGACCUAAAAAUACCCGCGAGCGCGAUCGCCUUUUACAAACUGCGCGUUGUUUUGAACCAGUGAUUGACAGUGCCAAGUGAAGAACCACUAAACAGCGAUAUCAAACAUGGCACAGUUGCUAACUGUGCGGCUCAACAAGGCGGGCCCGGAGCCCCUGGGGUUCCGGCUGCAGGGCGGCAAAGACUUCGGCACCCCCCUCGUCGUGCAGAAGGUUAACGGUGGCAGCCCAGCCGAGCGUGCCGGGCUUCAAGCCGGCGACGCGCUCAUCAAAGUCAACAACACAGACGUGUUCACGCUCAGACAUCAAGAAGCGCAGGACGCUAUCAGAGCUGCUGGUGUUGCCCUAGAACUCGUCGUCCAACGUGGUGGCGGCACCUGGCGUCCCGCAGUGACCCCCACAGGCAGUCUGCCGCGGCCCGGCUCCCGGCCUCUCGGCACCUCCCCUACCCCGGUCACCAACACCUCGCUCAAGGCCACGCCGCAGCCCAGCCUCGCCUUCGGCUCGGGACACAACAACGUCGCUAAGCCGUUUGGCUAUAUGAACGGCGAUAACGUGAAGAGCAUAGUGAACAAGCAAUACAACACGCCCGUGAAGAUGUACUCCGAUCAGACCAUCGCGGAGACACUCUCUGCCCAAACUGAGGUGCUUGCGGGAGGCGUGCUUGGAGUAAACUUCAAGAAGAACGAGAAAACGUACGAUGCGGAAAAGAGCGCCGUGUUUAAAGUUCUGCAGGAAGAACAGAACGAUCCCGAGCCAGAGGCGUCUCACUUUUACUCGCGGGCCAGCGUGGGGCGCACCCCGUGCGCGCUGUACAAGACGCACCGCUCGCGCUCGGCUACGCCGCGCGUGAUCGGCGGGCCGGGGCAGUCGGCGAACUCGCAGCGCGGGACUCCGCAGCCGCAGAACCCGCAUCGCGGGACCCCACAGUGUGGGACGCCACAGCCUCGUUCUCAGGGCACGCAGACGCCGGAGCCAAGCGCUGUUCAAGCUUCAGAGCCUGAGGCCGCGCAGCCACCUCCAACGCUGGCCCCCGAAGCUAUGCACCGGCCCAGCAUCCCCGUCGGCUGCCACCAGGUCCUCCCGGACGGCAGCGUGACCCUGGGAGUCCCUGCCCAACCGCAGCCUGAAGCCGGCGCGCUGCCGGUGGUCAACGACACGCCCUAUUGCUCGGAUUGUAAUCGCUACAUUAUCGGCGUGUUCGUCCGCAUCAAGGACAAGAACCUCCACGUGGAGUGCUUCAAGUGCUCGACAUGCGGCACCUCGCUGAAGAACCAAGGCUACUACAACCUCAACGGCAAGCUCUACUGCGACAUCCACGCCAAGCUCGUGGCCCGCCAAAACCCGCCGGCGUCUAAUCUCGAGCCUGUCACUGUGCCACCUGGCGGCCGCAUCCCGACGAACACUUACUCGACCCCGCUGCCACCACUGGCCACCAGCAACUACAGUAACGGAUCUUCUUCGCUGUUCAGCCCGUCAAGCAACAUAUCCGGCCCGAAGCCUUUCGGCUCAUCCAUCGGCUCGGCGUACUCGCCAUCGCUGUCGCCGCGCUCGGCCCCGCUGUCGCCCGCGCGGCCGGUGCAGGCGCCCGCGCCGGCUUACACCCCCGCCCCCGCGCCUGCGUACGCGCCCGCCUACACGCCCGCGCCUGCUGCGCCCGCUCCCGCUCAUGCGCCGUUUGCGCCAAGCAAGAAUGUGAAAAGCGUUGUGUGGCCCCCACCGAACCCGCCAGAAGAUGAACCACCUAAUGUAUUGAGCGAUUAUCCGAAAACACUUUGCCAGAAACCCAGAGCUGAACCGCCUACUGUCAAAGAGGCGCCAAUGGAACGGAAAAUGAGCAAAGUAGAGUUGCCAGUCAGUACUAUGCAGGAUACAAGCAUGCAAUCAAUUUCAACUUCUCAGCAAAUUGCAGAGUUUACAUCGAGCUCCUCUUAUGCGGCAGCGCAAAUGUCAACUGCCACUGCAGCUACUACCCGUUCAGAGACCGUUUCAGUUGUGGAAAGCAAGCAGACACAACAAGUAAUAAGCGAGAGUAGCUGCACCGUACAGUCUUUCACAGAACAAGCUGUCUCACAAAGUCAGAUGUCAACUAUGUAUCAAUCUCAGACUAGCCCUCCCGUAGAAAAAAUCUUCGACAAUCCCAUGAACCAACUUGACUCAACGUCUAUGUCGAGAAAAGAAUCUGCGACCGAAAUAAAAUCAGAAAUGGUGACUGAACAACGUUACGAACAGUGCAAAAGGGAAUCUCUAACUGAAAGUCAAAUAAAAACAGUAGACGUUCCGAAAACAGAAAUUGUAACUGAAACAAGAAGCCAACAAAGCAAACGAGAAUCUGUCUGUGAAAGUCAACCAAGAACUGUUGAUGCUCCAACAAACGAACAAAGAAGCCAAGAAUGCAAAAGGAAAUCUGUAACUGACAGUCAAAUAAAAUCUGUAGAUGUUCCGAAAACAGACGUUGUAACAGAACAAACUGCUCAAGAAAGUAGAAGGGAAUCUGUAAUCGAAAAUCAAAUAACAACUGUCGAUGUUGCAACUACAGAAAUCAUCACUGCUCAAAUGUCCCAGGAAAGCAAAAGAGAAUCUUUAACCGAAUGUAAACUAAAUACUGUCGAAAUUGCUAACAAUACUCAAGAUCCUCAAGUUGUCAAAAAACAGUCAGAAGCUAUGGAACAGCCGAUAGCUCCAAUUAAGGAAAAUACAAUAAAUGCCGAUAGAAAACAGUCAGUUGAAAAUAUUCCAAUUACCAAUACAAACCCCGAAAAUCCGGCCAAUAAGAAUGUCUUACAGUCAAAUCCUACAUCACCAAUAAAGCCUUUACCGCCGACAUCUAUUCCUAAUCCUGUUCCUAAAGGAUUUGUAUGUUCUAUGAUUGAUGCUUUAACGACAGCCCCAGAUAGGCCAUACUCUCCUUUACCUGAACCUGCUGCACCCAGUAAUUUACUCAUUCAAAGUAAUUUGCUACCUGAAAAUCCAAAUCCUCCAGUUUCUAACGAAACUCAAAACGAAAUACAGCAGGAGGUACAAGAUCCCUUAAACGUAGAACUUCCACCACAGCCGCCACCUAUGUUUACUCAACAACCCAAGCGCGGCAUAACACCAAUCCCACCAAUUAAAACUUAUAAUCCACCCGAAACCCGAAAAAAAGAUGAACCUAUACCAUUGCCCCCACAAACAGAACCCUACAUUCCACCUGACUUCAAAAUAAUCAUAGAGCCUAAAGUACCGCCCCGAGACGAAACCGCUUCUCCGUUUGUUGAAGCUUUAACCACCGCUCCUGACCGGCCUUUUACGCCAGGAGGUAGUAUUGUGCCAAAUACCGAGCGAAGUUCUCUUAAGGAGGCUUUGACUAUUGCCCCAGAACGUUCUUAUAGUCCUUUACCUUUAGGAAGUAUUACCAAUAAAUCUACCCAAAGUAGUCAAUCCACUCAUUACACCUCAACGUCGACAGUCCAAGUUCAGUCAACUUCUUUGGAUAUCGUACGUCCUAUUGCAACGCAAUCUAUAACACAGAUGACUCAUUCAGAAACUUCAAAUAUGCAAAACACAUGUAAGUUACAAUCGUCAUCUGAAAUGUCUGCUUUUAGGCCCGUUCCCAAACAAGUUUUCCCACCACCACAACCAGAAGAGUUUUGCCAGCUUGCAAAUUUCCCACCUAUGAGCCAAGAUAUCAAAACUAAUUUCGAGAAAUCCGUACGAAAACAAGAAGCUAUGAUAACAGAAUCUCAAAUGAUGCAACAGUCAACAAAUACGUUCAGCAACAUGACUACUCAAGGAUUUUCAUCUGUUAAAUCUGCUCAAAACUUCUUCGAACAAUUAGAUAAAAGGGAAUCCUUGUCAUCAGUAUCCGUUCGGUCAAAAUCUGGUCUACAUAAACCUGACAAUAUUCCUCCAUAUCAAAAGCACUUUGAGCAAUUACCAUCUCAAAGAGGCAUUACCCCGGAAGUUAGUUUCGCUCCUGCUGUACUUCAAAGGCCUGUUACUCCUACCACUGAUCCGCCUAUCAAACCAAAGGAUAAACCGGUAGAACCAAAAUUACCUCCGGCUCCCAUGCCCCAACCAAGAUUUACACCAGAGAUAAGAACUCCAGCCCAACCACCUCCCGUGCACUUCCAUAAAGAUGCCCCUAUUUCAAUGACAUUUCAACCAGUUACUGACGAGCCUUUCCUGAGGGCAUCCCCUGCUCGAAGCCGACCUUCAACUCCUAGUAUGAUAAACAAACCUGCCCCCAUAAUCCCUUAUUAUCAAAUGAAUUUAGUAUCAGUAGAGCAUUCGGCAUUGGAAACUCAUCUUUACGAACCGUCGAGCCCGGAGACAACAAGUCGUUCCCCGACUCCAAGGAUGAGAUCUAAAUCUCCAGCUCCAGGACCACCACCAAAUCCGUUGAAGGCUCAUGCACCCCGUAUUAAAGAAUCCACUCCACAGAGAAGUGCCGCUCACUCCCUCCUAAAUCAAGCUACAUCGAAUCUCCGCAAAGAGCAUGAGAUGUCACAGAAAGGAUUCCAAAGCGGUGUCGAAGUUUUUAACGCUUCUGGUGCUAAAAAUUGGAGCCAAGAUCAGCCAUCGGUUAUUAAAGAACAAAGACAUUCGAACGUCGGGUUCAAAAGCGAAACUUAUAAUAAAGGCAAUGUGAGCAUCAAGGAAGAUUCUGCAAUCAACCAAAACUAUGGUCAAAGACAAAUGCAAUCACAAAAUGUAUCUGAGUAUGGCAAUAUGACUGUGCAAACGAGUAGGAAAACAUUUGAGGAGUAUGAAAGAACACAGUCCGCUAAAGUUAUAGAAAUACAUAAAGGUGGUUCGUCAUCAUUUGGAGCGCAACAGCAAAUUGAAUCUAACGUUCAAACAUCCAGUAAUCGUAAUCAAGUGUUUCCACCUCCAGUCAUGAGUUUGCCUUCUUCCCAGACUUCAUCUGUUAACCACACUAAUCAAAAUGUUGUUGCUAGUAGAAACACUGAAAGCUGUUAUCCAAAUCCUUCGAUUUCUGGUGCUAACCAAGGUCCAGUGUGUGAUCCUACCCCAUCGACAGGUUCCAGCGUAGGAGCUGCCGCUCGUGGCAAAACCUUUGGGGUUUCUUCAGCCCCCAAACGCGGCAGAGGCGUUUUGAACAAGGCUGCUCUGCCAGGAUCUCGUAUACCCCUUUGCGGUUCCUGCAAUGGCAAUAUUAGGGGUCCGUUCAUAACCGCGCUGGGCCGCAUCUGGUGCCCUGAGCACUUCAUCUGCGUUAACGCGACGUGCAGGCGCCCGCUGCAGGACAUCGGCUUCGUGGAGGAGAACGGCCAGCUUUACUGCGAAUUCUGCUUCGAACAGUACAUCGCACCCGCUUGCGACAAGUGCCACGCCAAAAUCAAGGGCGAUUGUUUGAACGCAAUCGGCAAGCAUUUCCACCCGGAGUGCUUCAACUGCGUGUACUGCGGCAAAUUGUUCGGCAACAACCCCUUCUUCCUCGAGGACGGCCUGCCCUACUGCGAAUCAGACUGGAACGAGUUGUUCACGACGAAAUGUUUCGCGUGCGGGUUCCCGGUGGAGGCGGGCGACAGGUGGGUCGAGGCGCUCAACAAUAACUACCACAGUCACUGCUUCAACUGCACGGUCUGCAAAAAGAACCUCGAAGGACAGAGCUUCUUCGCUAAGGGAGGACGACCUUUCUGCAAGACACACGCCCGCUAGAUGCCGUUGCGUCAUGUACAACUCUGAUACUGUUUAUUCAACGACUAGCUUCCGCCCCGUUUCCCCAGCUCCCGCAACGCCUUCUCCUCGUAUGGAAUCUCCGCAGAGGACGAGAAAGUUGGAAACACCCCUCCACUUCGAUGGAGGGCUGUUUUCCGACAUCAGAAGUAAGGAUGGCAAGUUACUGAGCAAAGUAACUGUCGAUCGGAUGCAUUGCUCCUCACGCCGUGACGUCACCGACUCGCCUAGCGUUUACCAAAGCAUCACCGAUACUGGAAAAGACUAUGUAGAUGAAUUAAAGAAAACAGAAACUGUCACCAACGAGGAAGUCAUCAAAGUCAAAUUCACUCCGGUUUUAGAGUUUAAUGCUCCUCGUCUGCUAACACCUUCCCAAUUCGAGCGACCGCAGACACCUGUUCCGUACAUUAAGGACGGAUUCGAAGAUCUGCAGAGCUACAAGAUCGUCAACUCGAUAUGCAAGGAGAAACAAUUCCAGAGUAAUUUGGGCGACGAGGUCAAAGGAUCGCCCAGCCCUCUGCCGGGCUUCCUCUCUACCGAAUCGGUAAAGAGUACGCCGAGUCCUUUAGCAGGAUUUCUAAAUUCGGAGUCAGUUAAAAGAUCACCUAGUCCUGCGCGAUUCUUAACUUCAGAGCCAGUUAAAACGACACCAAGUCCUUUAGCGGGAUUCCUAAAUUCUGAACCACUUAAAAUACCACCUAAUCCCUUGACAGGAUUUCUAAAUUCUGAGCCAGUAAAAAGAACGCCUAGUCCUCUAGGCUUUCUAGUAUCGGAACCUAUAGCGAGAUCACCGAGUCCGCUAGCGAAUUUCCAUGUAUCAGAGCAGUUGACAAAAAUAGAUCAUUACUUGCAAGAGAGUUUGGAGGCGUGCGGGGGUAAAGACGCGGGCGGGAAAAUAAUUCAACAUGAAGAUACAUUCAGGGAAGUCCAACAAACGCAAAUUAGACAAGAAAACCAAGUAGAUUCUCGUGUUAAUUCUGCAAGUGAUUACCGAAAAGAAAACGUGACGAACGUUCAAUCAUACGCGACUGAAACUCCAAAGGAAAGAAAGAAGUCUAAAGUAAACAGUGUCAAAGUUAAAGAACCGGGCGUCUUGCGCGCCAUCUACAACAUGCCCGUGCACUAUCAUGCGAUAAUUCUAUGUUUCUUCUUAAUUGUAUAUAAUCUUAUUUAUCAAUACGUUAAGGAAAAUUGUCAUGGUAAAAAAUAAACUCAAAAUUACCAAUAUUUAGUCAAAUAUAAAUGCAUAUUAAACUAGUCAUCGAGUUACUCAUAUACAUUGAAAGUUUUGGAUGUUGGUAGUUGGCACCCGACACUUCCAUGCGCAUAUCGUAAUAAGUUAGAUGUUGAAUAAAAAAAACCCUUUUAUACAUAUACUUAACUCACAGAUGUACAUAAAUAAAGUUAACCGACUUACAACCGUUGUGUACGAGUAAUUUAUAAAUUAACAAUUGGUGCUUAUUAAAUUGCUCGCAUUAAAGUGAUAAAUAUAUAUUUGUUUACUCAUAUUAAGGAAGAAUAUUAAGUGCCAUAAACUUUUUUAUUUAUUUAUGGCACUGGGUAACUUUCUUAAAAUUGAGCUUUGUAUACAGCUUCCGGAAUGUUGCCAGUUAACUAACACUAACAAUGCACAGUCACAACUUACGUGUUGCAACACCAUGGAACGGUACAGCGAAGUAAGCUGUUUUUAUACUCGGGCAAGCCAGUUUUGUCAGUAAAA